AGUGCGGACAGAGAGGCUGAGGAUGGCGACCUUAGACGUGGACCCAGAAGCUUCGUGUAGCAAAUUAAGCACAUCGCCAUCAAACACAAGCCUGACUCACCGAUUUCUCGACAAUAAGUUCUAUUUACUUGUGGUUAUUGGGGAAAUUGUUACAGAAGACCACCUGAGAUGUGCCAUUUCAGAUAUAGAGCGAGGUAUUCGUUCCUGGGACACAGACCUAAUAGCCUGCAAUCUAGACCAGGAGCUCAAGCUCUUUGUGUCACGCCACUCUGCAAGAUUUUCAGCAGAUGUUAGAGGUCAGAAAAUCCUUCACCACAGAAGUGAUGUUUUGGAAACCGUUGUCCUCAUCAAUCCUUCAGAUGAGGCAGUGAGCACAGAGGUACGCCUCAUGAUCACCGAUGCUGCCCGACACAAGCUGCUGGUGUUAACCGGACAGUGCUGUGAAAACACAGGGGAAUUGAUUCUACAGUCUGGUUCAUUCUCAUUUCAGAACUUCAUUGAAAGUUUUACAGACCAAGAGAUUGGAGAACUAUUAAGUACCACACACCCAGGCAACAAAGCCAGCCUCACAUUAUUCUGUCCCGAAGAAGGCGACUGGAAAAACACUAAUUUGGAGAAACACAAUCUGCAGGACUUUAUCAAUAUAAAACUGAACUCGGUCUCCAUUUUACCAGAAAUGGAAGGACUAUCAGAAUUCACAGAAUACCUGUCAGAGUCGGUCGAAGUCCCGUCAGCCUUUGAUGUAUUGGAGCCCCCUGCAUCUGGUGGCUUCCUGAAAUUGUCCAAGCCUUGUUGCUACAUUUUCCCAGGUGGAAGAGGGGACUCGGCUUUGUUUGCUGUGAAUGGGUUUAACAUGCUGAUAAACGGUGGAUCGGAUCGCAAGUCAUGCUUCUGGAAACUGGUGCGACACUUGGACAGAGUUGACUCAAUUCUGCUCACCCACAACGGAGCAGACAACCUCCCGGGUGUCAAUAGUCUGUUGCAACGUAAAAUAGCGGAGCUGGAAGAAGAACAGUCGCAAGGAUCCACCGCUAACAGUGACUGGAUGAAAAAUCUAAUCUCACCUGAGCUGGGGGUUGUCUUUCUUAAUGUCCCGGAAAAUGUGACAAACUUGCAGCCUAAUUUCAGGGUCAGGAGGAACACUGAAGAAACCUGCCUGACUCUCCAGUACUUAAACAAACUGUCUAUAAAGCCAGAACCCCUGUUUAGGACUGUGGGAAAUGCCAUUGAUCCAGUAAUACUGUUCCAGAAAAUGGGUGUGGGACGACUAGAAAUGUACAUUUUAAAUCCAGUGAAGGGAAGCAAGGAGCUACAAUAUUUCAUGCAACAUUGGUCCAGCAACAACAAAGCUAAAACUGGACUCGUAUUGCCAAAUGGCAAAGAUGCGGAAAUCUCAUUUCCAUACUUGACUUCAAUAUCCUCUCUGAUUGUGUGGCACCCAGCCAAUCCAUCUGAGAAAAUAGUCCGUGCCCUUUUCCCAGGGAAUGCUCCACAGUACAAUAUCCUGGAUGGAUUAGAAAAGCUCAAACACUUAGAUUUCUUGAAACACCCGGUCGUAACUCAAAAAGAACUCAUAGCAGGCCUGGCUGCCCCAACAGUUAAACAAACGAAGAUGAAGCAACGGAGUGACAGCAAGGAGAGUCUCAAAUCCAAUUCCCGGCCGUCUGUUGGAAAAGGAGUUAAAAAGGAUGUCAAGGAAGAAACACCUGAGAUAACGAAACCUACUGCAGUUAAUCACCAAGAGCCUCAGAAGGUAGAAAAGAAGGAAAAACCUGUAGUUAAGAAGGAAAAAGGCAGAACUGAAUUGCAGUCUAAGCCUGAGGAGAAAGAGGCAAAAGCUAAAGCAGAACCUGCUAAACAGGAACUUGUAGAAAGUACACAGAAAGACGAGAAAAUAAAGACUGAGAACAAAGCAAAACCUCUAAAAGAAAAGGUCAUGAAGAAGGAGGUUAAAGCAAAGAAACCAGAAGAGAAGAAAAAAGAGGAAAAGGAAGUGAAAAAAGAGAUUGCCAAGCCAGAGGCAAAAGAGGAAAAAACAGCCAUUAAGAAAGAAAAGGUGAAAAAAGAGGAGAAACCUAAAAAAGAAGAAAUAAGGAAGGAGGUAAAGAAGGAUAUUAAAAAAGAAGUGAAGAAGAAAGAAACACCAGUAAAAGAAGUGAAAAAAGAAGAAAAGAAAGACGUCAAAAAGAAUGACAAAGAUGUCAAGAAAGAUGUGAAAAAGCCCAUUAAGGAAGUCAAGAAACCUGUGCCAGCUACUGAGGCCAAAAAAUCACCACCGAAACCCAAAGUGGAGAAGAAACCUGAGACUGUAAAGAAGGAAGAUGCUAGCCCAAGCAAACUGAAAGGAAAGGCAAAACCAGGCAAGAAAGAAAGCAAGGUUGAAACCGUUGCUGCAGUUGGAGCAGCGGCAGCCACGGCGGCAGCGGUUACAGCCACGGUCACUGCUGCCGAACUCGAAGUUGAACGAUCACUCAUGUCCUCGCCAGAAGAUUUAACUAAGGACUUUGAAGAGCUUAACGAAGAAGAGAAGAGAGACACCCAGGCACCUCCUGUACCAGUAGAGGAUUCAGUACAGAAUGAAGUGCAAGUGGAAAAGAUGGGCCUUACGAUUCAUGGAGAUGCGCUAGAGAUAGAUGAAUCUCCCGAUGAAGGAAUAACAACCACUGAGGCAGAAGGUGAAUUUGAGCAGUCUCCUCAAGAGUAUAUUGAGACAGAAAAUAAGGAAACAUUAGAACGAUUUGAGGAUGAAGGUGCAGGUUUUGAAGAAUCCUCUGAACCUGGGGACUAUGAAGAGAAGGCAGAGACUGAGGAUGUUGAGGAGCUCGCAGGAACAGUGGAUAAGAUGGUUCCCACCAAAACUGAGCUGGAGCAUGUUGUUAUUGGGGAGAAAGCUGUGGCUGAGGACCUUGAAGCUGAGGAAUUAAUUGAAGCUGAAGAACCAGUUGAUGUUGAAGAGAUGGUAGAGAGAGAAGAGACUGAAGAAUCGGAAUUAGCAGAUGAUCACAGAGAACAAAAGGACAAGCUUCUUGCAAAAGCUGAGACUAAAGAAGAGGCAGAGGAUGAAGGCAGUAGAGUAGGUGACAACAAAGAUGCUGAAAUAUAUGAAGAGAAAGAGAAAUAUGAGAUUAAAAACAUUGAAGUGAAUAAAGUUCCAUCUCCUGGUGCAACUCUGGAUAAACUCUCCUCACUUCAUUCUUCCAUCAUUGAUCAAACAUUGUCUAUUCGUAAUGAGACAAUUCCUGCUGACUUUGAAAGUGAGGCAACAGCUUCUGAUGAAGAAACCCAUGAGGAGCCACCUGAAGAAUUUACAGCUACAUCUGGCUUUACUCAAUCUACUAUUGAAAUUUCUAGUGAGCCCACCCCAAUGGAUGGAAUGUCCACACCCAGAGACAUUAUGAGUGAUGAGACCAACAAUGAAGAAACAGAGUCACCAACUCAGGAGUUUGUUAGUGUAACAAAGUUGGAAACAACUGUUAUUUCUCAGAGUCGAGAGGGAGCCAAGCUCUCUCCUGUGCCUGACACUUACAAUGGGUUCUCCCUGGAAAUUUCAAAAACCGAUGUGACACAAGGUGAUGAUUACCCAGCUUCUGCCUCAACAAUAUCUCCUUCAUCUUCCCUGGAAGAGGACAAGUACUUCAAACAUCCACCUGCUGACAUCAGCAUUCCUAAACAUGAUGAAUAUGAAAAGCAGGAGGACUUCGAUGUUGGAAAGCAAGAGAGAGAAAUAAAAGACUUUGAAACCAAAUUAAGCCCAGCAAGGAGUCCAGCUGAAUCCUCACCACAAUCUAGGACACCAUUAAGCGAUCGCAACGUCAACUUUGAUUUGACUCCAUCAGAAAUCAAGGCAUCCACUGAUCUGACAGCUUUGGAACAGGAAGCUCCAGCUGAUCAGUGUGCAAGUCCUGAAGAAAAAACCCUGGAAAUGGCCUCACCCGCACAGUCCGGAACUCCUAGUGCUGGCCAUACUCCAUUUUAUCAGUCUCCGAUCGAUGAGAAAGACAGUAAAGUACCAGCUGACAUGUCAGGAAAGCUCCCAACGCCUAUUAUUAUUGAGACUGACGAUGUGAAAGCUGAUGAGACCAGUCCAAGGUAUAGUCCCAUGGAUGAGCCUGUACCUGAUUCAGAAUCACCCGUUGAGAAAGUUUUGUCUCCACUGCGUAGCCCGCCAAUGUUGGGUUCCAGCUCCCCUGUUGAUAGCUCUCCAAAUGAUGCAGAGGAAUUCCCAGUACAGUAUCUGGAAGGUGCAAUGGAACUCACGGGUGACAAACUUAAACUUCUCUCUUCAUCCCGACUUUAUCCAUUUAAUGAUUUCUCAUCCGGUCCUCCUGCUCCUGAAAAAGACCAGGCAGCUGAGUUCGAAUUGUUGACUCCCAAAGAUAGUUUUAGCCAGGAACCAAAAGUAGAAGGGAGCACUGUUGGUAGUUUUGCAUCACUUGGGCCCUUUGAAUCACAUAAAGUAGGAGGGGAGCUUUCCCCAACAUUGGUGGAUCUCAGCCAGAUUGGUUCUGCCAAGGAAGACAGCAAAAUGUCAAUCUCUGAAGGAACCACGUCAGACAAAUCAGCCACACCUGUCGAUGAGGUGGUGGCAGAAGACACCUAUUCCCACAUUGAAGGGGCUGCAUCAGCUUCAACAGCAUCCCUGGCCACCAGUUCUUUUCCAGAACCCACAGCAGAUGACGUUUCCCCCUCACUGCAUGCAGAAGUUGGGUCUCCUCAUUCAACUGAAGUGGAUGAAUCCCUGUCUGUAUCAGUUGUGCAAACGCCUACAGCCUUCCAAGAAGCAGAGGUUUCACCUUCCAAAGAGGAUUGCCCAAGGCCCAUGUCAAUUUCUCCUCCAGAAGUCUCUCCAAAAACUGCAAAAUCCAGAACACCAGUGCAAGAGGCCAGGUCACCCGAACACUCUACAAUGUCUGUGGAAUUCAGUCAGGAAUCUCCUGAACAGUCUUUAGCCUUAGACUUCAGCAAGCAGUCUCCUGAGCAACCUUCAUUUAACGCCAGCUACCAGCACAUUUCUGAGAAUGGGCCGACUGAGGUAGAUUAUAGUCCAACUGAUAUGCACGAGACUCAAUUUAUGCAGCACUCUUUGCCUGCACUUGACAAACCAUUCUAUAGUCAAGAUAAAGAUCACUUACAGUUUGGUUCAACCCCACCAACAGAAGCUUCUCCAACAACUUCAUCAGCUCGGACUCCACAAACAAGUUCUCCACUCCAGGAAGAAUAUGGUGUUUGUACUUCUGUCUCAUCUGCCAUCCCCUCUGAAAAAACAAUUAUUGCUGGAGAAGCUUUCCUCCCAGAGAGGCUCCCAGCUACCCGUUCGCCACAAACAACUUCUCCACUGCAAGAGAAGGAAGACUUACAGAUGUUUGAUGUUUCACAGCCUAUUUCAUUUGCAAAUAACAUUUCUCCUUUUCAUGGUUCUGAUUCACCAGGUUCCGGUCUACUGCAGGAGAAGUCUCCAACAGGAUCAUCAAUAUUUUCUUCUUCAGAGCAAGUAUCUGCUGUAUUUGCAACACAUUCAUACCAAGAGCCUUCCCUCUCACCGAGCAAAAUUCCAGUAGUGCAGACAGACAUUGAAGAAAUGGAGGCAUUCAGUAGCAAACAAGAUAAAGUCAAAGACACUUUUGAGGUUGAUGGUGGACCUUUUGCAUCCAGAACAGAGGCUCAAUAUCAUGCAGACAAAUGUUAUAAAACUCCUUCUUCAUUCAAGCUCAACAUGGCUGAUCUUUCCCCUUCUUUCAUCAACCCUAGCCCCUUGGAAUUUUUUGAACAAGAAGAUGCUCUUGAAGAUCUCGAAAGGCCAUUGACCCAAGGUGGAGGAGCUCAGCCUCCUUCUGGUGGAAAGCACCAGGCACGUCAGUGCGAUGACACUCCAGGCACAUCAAUCAGUGAGUCAGCUCCAUCACAGACUGAUUCCGACUUCCCCCCUGGAACAGAAGAAUGCCCAUCCAUCACUGCAGAUGCUGCCUUAGACUCUGAAGAUGAGUCUGAAACCCUUCCUACAGACAGAACACUUGUACAUAGACAGAUGGAUCCCCCGCCUGUCCCCUUAAAGGACCCCAGUCCUCCUCCUCCACACCCAGAUGUUUGCAUGGUAGAUCCUGAGGCAUUGCCUACUGAACAGAACUUAGCAAAGGCAGAUAAAUCUUUGAAGAAGGAUGUUAAAGAAAGAACAAAAACCAAAAAGCAGGCCACAAAGACAAAGUCUUCCUCUCCUUCUAGAAAAUCUGACAACAAACCAAAGCACCCCAGUGCUCCUUCCAGAACAACUGCACUUGCGUCAGCCAAGGAAUCAUCUGAUAAAACUGCAAAAACAGCUUCGCCUAAAAAGGAUUCAGCGGACAAGGGGCCCAAAGCUAGCACCAAUCCAGAAGUGAAAGUUGCUCGAGGUGACGACAAAGAAGCAAAGAAUGCUACAAACACCACAAACUCAAAAUCUGCACACACCACUAAAAAUCCAGGUUCCAGCAGCAAUAAGGCAGCGGGCAUGCCAUCAGUGCCUCCUGGCCCCCCUGUUUACCUUGACCUGGUGUACAUUCCAAAUCACUGCAGUGCCAAGACGGUGGAUGCUGAGUUUUUCAAACGAGUGAGAUCUUCCUACUACGUAGUGAGUGGAAAUGACCAGGCAGCUGAUGAACCAAGCAGGGCUGUACUGGACGCUCUUCUGGAGGGCAAAUCUCAGUGGGGCAGUAACAUGCAGGUUACCCUGAUUCCAACCCAUGACUCGGAAGUCAUGCGGGAAUGGUACCAGCAGACUCAUGAGAAGCAACAGGACCUCAACAUCAUGGUCUUGGCAAGCAGCAGCACUGUGGUCAUGCAAGAUGAAUCGUUCCCUGCAUGCAAGAUUGAACUGUAACUGGGAGUUCCACAGAACCAGAACAUUCAGCCAGUUGUUUAAGGGGAAGCACUCAAAUGGAAAUUUCAAACAAAAGAGGAAAGCAGAUGUAACUCAAUGUCUGCUGAAUACUGUACGAUAGAUUUGUUAUACAGGUCACUAGGGUGUAACACUUUCCAGACUAUUUAGUUCCUAUGCUGAGGCAAAAUUUUCUUAUUCUUACAAAAAAAAUGCAGGGUUUAAAAUACUUGGAUCUGUCACACUCUGAAUCCAUUGCAAUUGUGGUGUGGUUGAUAUUGGUUGAGUUUUUUUUGUUCAGAAAAGAAAUUGAAAGUGGGUGAACUUUUCCAUGGCAAAAAUGAAUCACCAUCUCUAACAGCAGUCAUUUUAAAGUGUGAAAUUUAGCUUUUUUGAUGACCAUAAUGCCGAGGCCAGGCAGUAUAAUACUACGAACUCCACAUGAAAACACUCUUUCACAUAUACUGGAAUCACAAGUAUUUGAACCCUUUUCACGUAAACAGCCGACCCCCUCCCAUAAAAAUGCAGAACUAUUUAACUAAGGCAUGUUCCCUCUGUACCAGCUUCUUGAUAAAUUUAAUUCUGCAUAUGAACGUGGCAUAUUGCCAUUAAGCCUUGAUAAAACUGCAUGCUUUAAAACAAUAAUAUAUCUAAGCAGAGACCAAAGGAGUUGGGAGUACACAUACUAGUCAUUUUGCCUUAGACAGUGACUUGAAUGUAAUGUGAUCUAGGUUGCACUUUUUUAAAAUGGGAAGUGUAUGAGGCAGACAUCAGACAGUGAAGACCAGCGUAGGACGGUAGUUUGAGAAGUGCUGUGAUUUGUGUGUAUGUGUGAAUGUGUCCGUACUUGUAAGCGACAACAUGGAUUUCCUUGAGACCAGUCAUAGAAGAUGUUCCAAUGUGAUGUAGACUUUUUUGAUUUCAAAGGUUGUUGUUUAUAACAAGCACAGGAAGAGGUGGAAUUGGAUAUGAAGAAAAAAAAAAUCACUACAAGUGUGCGGAAAGUUUUAUUUGUUUUGGUUAUGUGGUAUAUCAUUAAUAAAUAGAUUCCAUUCUGUUUAGUUUCUACUUUUCAUCCAAAAAUGGCCAAGUAAAGGUUCACUGGUUGGGUGCAUUAUGUUGACUCAGAAAGGGUGUUUUUUUAUAACUCUCUGAACUAUUGAUCUUUUAUAGUUCUGAACAUUAUCUUUCUAGAGCCUUAUUCAUCACCUGUAUAGCAUUCCUUUAACCGUAAUACAUCUAAGUUUGUAUAGGUCUGGUAUUGUGCAGUCACUGGUGUAAUUCUGUUAAUAAUGUACAGCUCAAAUUUGAAUUAAUUCAGUUUUAAUUCACAUUUGAUAGAGAUCUAACAGUGGAAAUACAAUUUAUGUAUCUUUUGUGAUACGUUGUACUUCGAAGCAUUUAUAAAUUAUAAAACUUUAGUUCUUUUAUUUUGAAACCCUUAUCCAUUACAUAAGUUCUAUCUACUGGUAUAAGUACAGCUGACCUAUGGUGAACAGAAUUGGAAUAUUUGGGUUGAGGAUAUAGAUGUUGGAAAUGUUGGAAGAGCUGUUGCUUUAAUAUAAAUUGAAAUGUGUUUGUGUGUGUUUGUGUUAUUUUAAUUAUAAUGAUUGAUUAGCUAAAGACUAAGCUAGUACUAGACAAAUGACUGCAGCUUUAAAGCAAUUUCAAAUGUUAUUUAGUAGUUAAUCAGUAAGUUUUCACUUGUAUGAUUGGAGUCCACAUAAGCCAUUUAGGGAACCAAGAUGAAUGCAGAUAUCUUUUCUGCAAAGUCAAUAAUUUAAUUUCUUCUCAUGAACUUUUCAUAGACAACCCAGCAAGUGACCUCCUGUAUAUUUUUGAAUGCUAUAUUUUUGUUUUAAGAAUGUAUGUGUUGUAUAUUUUAGGAAAUAUAUUUUGUUUAUUGAAUUUUCGGAAAUUAAUUUUAUGAAACACGUAAGUCAAUAAGUAACUAGCAUUCAAGUGAAAUACACUAAUUCCAUUUUAAUUUGAUAUGUGGUAGUGCAGUGUAACGGUCCAAGUUACAAAUUGUAAAUGUGUAGCAUUAAUGAUAAUCUGAAACCCAUUAUUUUCUGAUCAUCUUAAUUGAUUUCUGUAUACUUACAUUUUCAAGGUUUGCAGUUUUACAGUUAAAACUCCUGUUAACUGGGAGAAUACCAUGUAAAUCUUGCUGAGGAGAAUGUAUUUUUCUUUGAUACCAAAUAUGAUGGUAGCUUCUAUGCUGUAAAAAUGCAUAGUUCUACUUCCAGCUGGACCUGCAGAAUCAGAAAUUGCAUUGAAUUGAAACCGGUAUCAUGCAUCUUUACUAUUUAUUGAUGCUUUGUUGAAAUUUUGUUGGGAUUCAAAUAUUAUUGCCUUCGUCCAUGGUAGAGGGCAUUCACACUAUGGCACAGUGCACCAACAUGCAGAAUUCCUUUGAGCUUGGAUCCUUAUUCUUUUAGCAUAAUGGGAUUAUUGCCAUGACACAUAACAAUUUAAUCAAUCUGUGAGGUUAGUGAAAGUCAUUGACUUUUGGAUGAUUCAAAUAUAUCUGAUUUAUCUUUGUUCUCUUUUGUGGUUGAGAAAAUAUCCACUGUUGGAUCUAAUUAACGAGCCUUAGACGUGAAUUAGAUGCCAUUUGACCCCACUGAUUGUAACUUUGCCAGAUAUACAACUUAACCAGCUGCUUUCCCACGGAUAUGACCUCAUUUUUGUAUAGUAUGUUUUUUUUUAAAGAAAGCUGAUUAUUUUAUUUUUUAAAUACUUUGUGAACAAAAGUGUGAAGCAAAUUAGUUUUAACAGAAAAUGAAAGCAUGUUAUGUUUGCACUGUUUUUGUACACGGCUUUCCUAACGUGGACAGGCUUCAUUAGAAUCAAAUCUCAUUGUGUUGCUUCAGACAGCAGAACUUUUGCAAUAUUUUGUAUGUAUUAUAAUGUUUAGUAGUUGUAGAAUUUUAUUUGCAGAUAUUGCUCCAGAUAGGUUUGAGAAGCAUUACUGAACACAUGGUUUUAAAUUAUUUGUUUUUGCUAUUUAAGCAAACACCCUUUUUCAUUUUAGCAUACAAUUAAUGCCAACAGUAAUUUUAGGUAAAUUUUAAUGACAUCUUCUAUUGUAACUAUAUAGUUUAACGAUAACAACAUUCAAAACUGUGCUUUUAAAGGAUAGCCGCUCCCUAAUUCUAGAAUAAAUUUAAAAUGUCAGUAACCAUGUAAUUUAUAAUUGGCUUGUUUGCACUGCUUAAAGCUGCUGGUGCUAGAAACUGAGUGAUGUUGCUACGUUUUGUUCCUCUAGUACGCUGCACUACAGGAUUUAGCUUCUACGCAAACAUGCAGUCAGAACAAGAAAAAAACAGAGAAGCCAUUGCUGAUCAAGAUUUUUAAAAAAUCAGCGAAUGAUAUAUCAGGCCACUCUUGCACAUCUCCGAUCAGCUCAUUGAAUAUAGAUUAGGCAAACGUGGAGAGGCAGAAGGACUGAAGAGCAGUUGUGGCCAGAAUGGUGAGAUAGCAUGGAAGGAAUGUUCAGUCAUCUUAUAAAGAUCUAAAAGCCCCUUUCAUCUGCUUUCUUUCCUUGUGCUCAGUAUACCACACAGUAAAAAUUAUUUGUGUAUUUGAAAAUAACAGCUAAAUUCUAAAGCUUCAAAAUGGUUGUUAGCAUGGGAGAACAUCCUUCACACCACUGUGAGGGCAGACUCAAGUCAAACUGUUUUGAAUCCUCUGGUUUCUUGUCGCUAGUAACUUAGUAGUGUUUAAAUAAGAUGGAACAAGAAUAUUUUUCAAGAUUUAAUUCCAUUAUAACCUGUAGCUUUCUGACUACAAAAUUACUAAUUGUAACAUCAUAAAAGCAAUUUAUUUUUUUAAGCUCCUUUUCUAAAAGAAUAGUUUUUUUCAAAGCUGCACAGACAAGAUAGGUUGACUGGCUUAAAGUGCAGUCUGAUCCUAGUCCAAAAUCAACAGUUGCAAUUAAAGAAACUGUUCUCAUUUACUUUUCUGUGAAAGAAUUUGUUAUGACUGUUUCAGAUAAAUUGCCUUUCCCUAUACUUCUAUGAAUCCAUAAUUAAACCGUGAGCAGUUAGUUGUGCUAUCAUAGGGUGCGUACUGUGAGAAUGUGCAUGUGGCAUGCUGUUUUAUUGGUGUCCCUGUAGAAAAUGUUUGUGGAGACCUGUUUCAAGUUCCUUUAAAUAGUACUGGUUGAAGAGGCAUGUUAUUUGCCCAGAUCCAGUUGCAUAUUCUGCACAAGCUGAUGUGCAGUUUAUCCUAAUGGUACCCGUUUUCUGGCGAGCAGUGCAGUUCUACAAAUGCAUUGUUGUCCCUUUCCCCAGAUCUCACUCCUGCUCCUCUUGUUUUCUCAUUUAUUUUCACCUGAUAUAAUGUGAUAUGUUUUUUCAGGACCAUUUAAAAUAAAAUAUCAGAACCUGUUUUUGGUAGAAUUGCUGUAAUUAGAAUGGUAAAGUCUAAAUGGUCAAAAGAUGUUUUUUAUAGAAAAAAAUACUGCAUUUGAUGACUGCAUCCCUGUUAGUUUCCGGUUUCAUGUUUACAUUUCCUGAAGACUUAAAAAAAAGUUCAUUUUACUGAGUGGGAAAAUCAAUUGUGUAAUUGUGAGAUUGCAUUUAGUAAUAGUAAGUAUCAACAGUGAAGGAAUUUGAUGAGAAGUAAUUCUGUGCCGUGGAAAGCGCUGAAUCUCCAUGGUAGAUUUUAUGGAACAUGUUAAGCCAAAUCUGAUUUUGGCAAUGUAAUGUACAUUUUCUUUUUCUUUGUGCUAUUUUUAAAAGCAUCCAAACUCACAAUAUCAGUAAGGUGAAAAUGAUUGCUUAAUUCUAGUGGGUUUCAGGAUCCUUGAGGUUCAUAGAACAAGGCACUUGAAUUGCAAUUACUAAGUGGGUUUGAACAUGUUACAUUCCAACAACCAACCUUUUUUUGAAAUAGACAAUCCACUGAUAUCUUGCUAUGGUUAAUUUUCUUCCAGAUUUAUAUACUGUACGCUAAACUAAUGUACUGGAUUCUGGAUUGUUCAUAAUCCACUUGCUGAUAGAAAGAUUGCAAUGCAAUUCAUUCCCACCUUACCACAUAUACAGUAUACCCAUUAUGAUAUUCUGUGGAUGAAAAGGGUAUGUGUUGUGAAGUUCAUUUUAAUAAAAAGAAAAAUAUGAGUGCAUUAAUAAAAUUGGCAUAGCAUCUGUGGUGAGGGAAUUUGCUCACUUUUAGAUUUUAGGGUGAAUGGGUGUUUGGGAUGUUGAGUGUUUUUUUUAAAACAAAACUCAUUGUAAAUGUUUGACACAUUAAAUUAUAUGUGUGAUGACACGCUGCAUAGCUGUGACCUGAUGAUACUUCAGCUGAUUUACAAAGUGAUGCUGUUAAUGGGAUGUUUGUGACAUUACAAAGUAAUAGUGACCAAAAACUGUUAAUGCCUAAUGCCUGGGUAUAUGACUGCAACCAACAUUGUGGCUGUCCAAAGUUACUCUCAUCCUUGAUUCACAACAAUCCUUCUGAUGACUAAAAAAAAAAAUGGACUGUAAACAUGAAAAAUCUGCUUAAACACUUGCAUGCAGUUUUAUCUUCCAGAAAUGGAAAGCACCAGUCUUACAGUUGACUGAGCAGCAACUGAAUCCUCCCAUUAUCUGAAUAAUGUUUUAUGUGUCAAACUGCAGCUGUGUAUGGUAUUUAUGUCUUAUAAUCCUGCAAAACUCUAUCCAGUCAUAUCUAAUGUAGAACUUAGUUUUCAGUGAAAGUAUUAUGUAGUGCUUUUCAGAUAUUGUGUGCAAUAUCCCCUGCCACUGGAGUAUUUGAUGUAAAGGGAACAAUUAAAUUAAAAUCCACAAUAAAAUGAAAUAUGAUA